AUGGCGUCGCAAGACAGAGGGAGGGCUAGGUCGAGCCGCAGGUUGAGUAAGAAGCGUAGAGACCUGGACGAGAAGCCACGCAGGCGAUCGCUCGAUAUACCGGAGCGCUUCAAGGAUGGGGAAGAUGCGGACGACGACGUGACGGCGCCGAAGAAGAACAACACCUUGUCGAUGAACCAGUCCAUUUUCUCUAUGAUUGCGCGCGCGGGGCAGCAAUCGCACAAGGACCUGGCGACCAUGCACGAGGUAGACUCGGGCGACAGCGACGAAGAAGGCAAGAAGCGCCAGGCUUACCACGGCUUGGACGGCGCCGCACGAUUGAGCCGCCUGAGCUCAGCGAACGACUUCCCACAGCCGACCGAGGAGCUGCAGGCCGACCAGUCCCACCAAGGCAAGCAGCACCGCAGGGUCUUGUCGGAACACAAGCUGUUGCGCUCACUACCCAGACCAAAGAGUCGAAAGGACGCUAGAUCAAAAGACCACCCCAUGGAACAGAUGUCGUCCUCUCAGCUUCUGCCACCAAGACCGCCUCUUCCGGAGUCUUCUCCCUCUGUAUCCCCGAGCGAACGAUCGUCCAUGACGAAGCCCAAAGCUACCGCUGACGAAGAUACCAAUGUUGAGAACGUGAGGAGUUCAGAGAGAAGCAGUAGCUAUGGAAGCUCAGCUGGGAUGGCCAAGACUCCAGCAGUGCCCGUCACUCUGGCUCAACGAAUACGGCAGAUAUUCGAGUUUGAGGAUGUCGAAGAGGUAAUCUCAGAGUAUCCUUGCUGGCUGCUCCAGAGCAUCCUAUUGCAGGGGUACAUGUACAUUACGCAGAAGCAUAUCUGCUUCUACGCAUACCUCCCCAAGAAACAUUACGAUGUCAGUAAGACUGGCUACCUGUUCAAGCGCGGCCGAUCCAAGUACAAUAGAUACUGGUUUAUUCUACGAGGCGAUAUUCUGUCCUACUACACGAACCCGGCAGAGCUAUACUUCCCGCGCAACCGCAUAAACUUACAGUACGCCAUCUCCGCCGAGAUACUCGAAGCCAGGAAGAAGAAUGAGGAAGAGACUGCAUUUACCGUGACCACCGAUGAGGGAUCGUUUCAGUUCAAGGCGGACAGUGCUGCGAGCGCGAAAGAAUGGGUGAGGUCUAUCCAGAAAGUCAUUUUCCGGACACACAACGAAGGGAACAGUGUCAAGAUCUCCCUGCCCAUCCAAAACGUGCUGGAGAUUGAAGAGAGCGCCAUACUUGACUUUGCGAACACUGUCAAGGUCAGAGUGAUCGACAACGACGAGACGUUUGCCAUCGAUGAGUACUUCUUCUCAUUCUUCAACAACGGCCAGGACGCACUUAACGUUUUGCGGAUCAUGAUCAAUGACAACGAGCACCACCAAACAACUGAAUCUCAUAACGACCCAGAAGCUGUCACGCCCACAGCGUCACCGAACGCUGGUGCAAAGUCGCCGUACGGCUCACCCGUCGUGGAGAAUGUUCGCGCGACUCUCUCACCACUACCAGCCCCGCACGCUGGAAGAUCAAGCAUUGGCAAUAUGUCUGCUCGAUCCAGCGUGGAUGCGUGCCGAAAGGGCUGGGAUGCGCGCCGCAGUAUGGAUGCUAGUCGCACGUCCCACCGCCCAAGUCAAGAGGUGCGACGCAGCUUUAGUAGAGGCCGCCACGACCUGCAAACGAGGAGACGCCCGGGGGAUCAAUCACCGUUGUCACCAAGAGCAACGGAUACGGAGUCUGCCACUACUUCACUCGAGCGUGACACGGAGUCUUCCGCUGCGAUACAGUCUAUGGAUGAGAGCGGCGCAUCCGCGUCCCAGAUCUUGAACCGAUCCGAUGUGUUUCGAGCGCCAGCGAACCAUUCACCUGUUGUUGCCUCUGAUCUAUCAGGGCCACUAGCGCGAUACUCGCAUGACACAACGCGCUCUUCGGGGCGAGGGAGACAACCACCGAAAACAACGCAACAUUUGAACAGUGGCAUCAGCGCAAAGGCGCCGGCUGUCGCAUCCGAAACCACAGAAGACGAUGUGGAAGCAGGCCUAGCCCAACCACGACUGUCAGGCUCAUCAUCAGCGCUCCAAGAUAUCGCGUCUUACCCUCUGAAUAAAGCUACAGGUCUUGCAGGCUUCCUUCGAAAUCGAUCGAAAAAGAUGGGCAACUUACUCGCAACCGAAUCAAUGGGGUACUACGAAAAGGUCUCUGGCAUGCUGGCUGGCGGACGCAAGCACUACAACACUGUAGAAGGGCUCGAAACCGGUGAUGAAGUACACGGCUACGAAGACGACGAGGACGCAGUCAAAGCGGCUGAGAAUUUCAGAGAGCAUUUCGCCUUUCCUGAGACGGAGAUACUUCAGUCCUCCUUCUUUGCAUCACUACAGCGAGUGUUGCCCAACUAUGGCAAAAUCUACGUUAGCGGCAAAUACUUUUGCUUCCGUAGCCUGAUGCCUACAUCGAAAACGAAGAUCAUCCUGCCCAUGAAGGACAUCGAGAAUGUCAACAAAGAGAAGGGGUUUCGGAUCGGCUAUCACGGCCUCGCUAUUGUCAUAAGAGGGCACGAGGAGCUCUUCUUCGAAUUUUCGAAAGCUGAGUACCGCGACGAAUGCGCUAUCACUGUGCUCCGCAUAUUGGAGAGCGCAAAGUACUUGGAGGACAGAUACUCGUCUUCUUCAGGAAUCGACAGUGAUGACGAAGCGGCAAAAGCUGAGCAUGAUCUUCUUCAACAAGCGCGAAAAGAGACCGCGGAUGACCCGCAGAUCGAUGUAUCUGACAUUGUCCACGCUACCGAUCACGACCGUAUCCCGCUGAUUUUCGACGAUCCACUUGCCUCAUUUGUCGAUUUCAAACCGGCAGAAUCGCUUACAGUCGUCUGUCUUACGAUCGGAUCUCGUGGCGACGUGCAGCCCUACAUCGCACUGUGUAAGGAGCUCCUGAAAGAGGGCCACAAGCCGCGAAUAGCAACCCAUGCAGAGUUCGAGCCGUGGGUUCGAAAGCACGGUAUCGACUUUGCGCCCGUUGAUGGCAACCCGGCAGAGCUCAUGCGAAUUUGCGUUGAGCACGGCAUGUUCACGUACAAUUUCAUGAAAGAAGCGAAUUCCAAAUUCCGAGGCUGGCUUGACGACGUCUGCAGCUCUGCGUGGCGAGCUUGCCAGGGUGCCGAUGUUUUGAUUGAGAGUCCAAGUGCGAUGGCUGGUAUCCAUAUUGCAGAAGCGCUCGAAAUUCCUUACUUCCGUGCCUUCACAAUGCCCUGGACGCGUACCCGAGCCUAUCCACAUGCUUUCUCAGUUCUAGAGAAGAAGAUGGGAGGCGGUUACAACAGCAUCACAUACAUCACCUUCGACGCCAUCUUCUGGACAGCGAUUUCUGGUCAGAUUAACAAGUGGCGUCGUCGAGAGCUUGGGCUGCAAAACACUUCCCAAGCCAAGAUGCAGGCCAACUCUCGACCAUUUCUGUACAACUUCAGUCCUCACGUGGUACCUCCGCCGCUUGAUUGGCCAGACUGGAUUCGUGUAACGGGUUACUGGUUCCUGGAUGAGGCCGACAUGUACGAGCCGCCCGCUGACCUAAAAGCUUUCAUCGAAAAAGCACGAAGUGAUGACAAGAAGCUCGUCUACAUUGGCUUUGGUUCCAUUGUAAUCGACGACCCAGCCGCUUUGACUAAGACUGUAGUAGACUCUGUCCUCAAGGCAGACGUGCGCUGUGUCCUGUCAAAGGGCUGGUCAGACCGUCUGGAAACGAAGGACGCAUCGAAGCCUGAGAUUCCUCUACCGCCAGAGGUGUUCCAGAUCCAGGCUGCUCCGCACGAUUGGCUGUUCAAGCAGAUGGAUGCCGCAGUACAUCAUGGUGGAUCUGGCACAACGGGAGCAAGUUUGCGAGCUGGCAUUCCGACUGUCAUCAAGCCUUUCUUUGGUGAUCAGUACUUCUUCGCUCAACGCGUAGAGGAUCUCGGUGUUGGUGUAUGGCUGAAGAAGGUCAAUACGAGCGUCUUCAGCCGAGCUCUCUGGGAAGUGACCAACAGCCAGCGGAUGAUCGUCAAGGCGAAGGUACUCGGACAGAAGAUUCGGAAGGACAACGGCGCACAAGUUGCGAUACAGACGAUUUACCGUGAGCUAGACCGCGCUCGCACGCUCAUCAACAAGCACGCCAGGCAGGGCGACGAGCACACCGAUGGAUUUGAGGACGACUGGACCAUGAUCGAAGAUGGGGACAAGGUCGAUGUUGCGCCGUUUGAGGCGCAGCAGGCCGUCACAGGGAUGACUCAAAACGCAUCACGGACGGGUGGCGGUAUGCUGGCUCUAGGAAGCAUGACAAUGAGAGGAGCGCAGACGCGCAUUUCGGAGUCUGCGGAUAGAGGUUGA